AUGCUCAAAUAUGAUAAAUUAGAGAAGAUUGGAGAAGGUGGUUUUUUUUACUCUUUCGACGCAUUCAGCCAGUGUUGAAGGGACUUAUGGUACUGUUUUCAAAGCGAGAAGCAAGGAUUCCGGGGAGGUUGUUGCUCUGAAGCGCGUAAAACUCGACGAUGACGACGAGGUAAACGAUUUAUGCGGUAAAAAUUUGUAUAAAUUUUCCAGGGAGUACCAAGCUCAGCCCUCCGAGAGAUUUGCAUCCUCCGAGAACUGAAGCACCGAAACGUCGUGCGCUUGUAUGAUGUGGUUCAUUCCGAAAACAAGCUGACCUUGGUCUUUGAGUAUUGCGAUCAGGAUCUUAAAAAGUUUUUCGAUUCCCUAAACGGAUAUAUUGAUCAACAGGUCGAAGUUUCGAGAAUUCCUUGUUUCAUUUUUUGGUUGGAGGUUGCUCGUUCGUUGAUGAUGCAGUUGCUACGCGGACUUUCUUUCUGUCACGCGCACCACGUCCUGCACAGGGAUCUGAAACCCCAAAAUCUCCUAAUAAACACGAACGGCUCGUUAAAACUGGCAGACUUUGGGUUGGCUCGAGCUUUUGGGAUUCCUGUACGGUGUUAUAGUGCUGAAGUAAGUUGCACUUGUGAAUAUUAAAAUUGCUCAGUGAAGGUGGUGACGCUCUGGUAUAGACCGCCGGACGUUUUGUUCGGCGGAAAACUCUACAACACGUCCAUUGAUAUGUGGUCGGCAGGCUGUAUAUUUGCAGGUGGAGAAAGAUUAUUUAAAAUAAUCGUUUGAAAUUUAGAAAUUUCAAAUGCCGGGCGACCGCUUUUUCCCGGGGCGGACGUAGACGACCAGCUCAAGCGCAUUUUCAGACAGUUAGGAACACCUACUGAGGACAGUUGGCCAUCACUUACCCAACUGCCAGACUAUAAGGUCGAUCAUUACUAGUUUUAUUAGACGAUAAUAUUUAUUUUGUCAACUUUUUUUUACGUCUGACGGGAUUCGAAAGAACUUUUGUCAAUGUUUAACAUCUGUCGAUUUUGUAUAAUUCAAACUCUCAAGAAAAAAAAGUUUUGUGUUGAACGUGAUUCCACGUAAUUUAAAAUAACCGUCAGAGUGAAAAAAAAUAUCUUUAAAUUUUGGAGAGUUUGUCAGUCAUAAUCUUGAAAAUUCGCGAAAAUUUUUUGAACACGAAACCUUCGAACUUAUAGUUGAUUCACUACUCGUUACAAAAACUUCUCGUUCAGUCAUAAGACAUUGGUCCUCUCAAGAAUCAUUUUUGCUAUUCUUCACAUAGCUCGGGCAAAACUGAAAAGUUCCUAAAAGCUAUUCUCAAAAAAAGACCUUGAAAGGGUCCCCAGCAGAUCUUUUUUAUAUCGUUUCACUUCUUUUUUGCAUCUUUUUCACACAUUCUAACAAAAAGGAUGCUGGAAAGCAACUAAAAAGAUUCGAGAUGGUUCAAAAAGGAUCCUCUGAGGCCAUGAAAAAGGUGCUCAAAAACUCUUUUUCAUCAUUUUAGGAGCUUUGAGGAUCCUCAAAGGAACUUUUCCGUUUUACCUAGUUUUAAGCGGUAAAUCGAUUAGACUCAAAAAUUGAAAAAAUAAAUGAAUAAAUUUGUGAAACAAAGUUACUUAACAAAUCGGUUUUCAGCCAUACCCAUUAUACCAUCCAGCUCUGACCUGGGGACAAGUGGUACCAAAUUUAAGUUCUAAGGGCCGCGAUUUAUUACAGGUUUAUAUAUUUAAUCGCUGCUAUACAAUUUUUUUUUUUUUUUUUGAAGAAAUUUCUGAUGUGCAAUCCGACGGGAAGAAUUGAUGCUGAAUCCGCUCUGCGACAUCCUUAUUUCACUGACGUCAACGAUGCGUAG